AUGGGCGGCGGUGGCGUCGGCGGAACGGCAGCGCUGGCCCUGGUGCUGUUGACGGCCGCGGCGACCGCGGUGGUGGCCGCGGUCGGCGCGCGGGCCGAAGUGCUCGGGUACACGGACACGGUGUGGCUGGACCGGCAGGGACCGCUCAAGGGACUGGUGACCACGGUGGGCGACGGCGAGCAGCGGCUGGACCGGGUCGAGGUGUACCUGGGCGUGCCGUACGCCGCGUCCCAGGAACGGUUCAUGCCGCCCGGCGAGUCGCCCACGUGGUGUCCGAAAGCGGCGGACGGGUCGUUCGACAGGAGCCACUGCAGGCCGCUACGCGCCGAGUACCUGAAACCGGUGUGUCCGCAGCGGCCACCCGACAUGCUGGUGGCCGGUUCCAAUAAGCGGCUGUCGGUUAUCCGGCAGAACUUCCUCAAGCGCAUCACACCGUACAUGGGCAACCAGAGCGAGGACUGCCUGUUCCUCAACAUAUACGCGCCGCACGAAGCAAAAAACGAUAUGAACGACGGUACGGGCUACGAAUACAAAACGACGAAGAAGACUAAAUAUGCGGUGAUUAUGUUCAUUCAUGGGGAAUCGUUCGAGUGGAACUCUGGCAACCCGUACGACGGUUCCGUGCUGGCCAGCUACGGAAAAGUUAUUUUUAUUACAAUUAACUAUCGCGUAGGCGUUUUAGGUUUUUUGAAGUCCAACGGUGGAGACAUUCCGGCGAGCAAUUUUGGCUUGUUAGAUCAGAUGGCCGCCUUGGAGUGGAUUAAGAAUAACAUACAAGCGUUUGGCGGCAAUCCAAAUGCGGUGACAGUGAUGGGACACGGUACCGGUGCGGCUUGCACGAAUUUUCUCAUGAUGGCGCCACCGGUCAAUAACAAUAAUCUCUUUCAAAGGGCAAUACUGAUGAGCGGUUCAGCGUUGUCCGACUGGGCGUUGGUGAAAAAUCCGAUAUUGAACACUAUUCAAGUCGGUCAGUCGUUAAACUGCGGACCCGGAGGCAACGAAAAGUUUUUUGACUGUCUACGAAGAAAGCGUUUCACAGAUUUAGUGUCAACCAAAAUGUACUUGCCACCAUUCGUCACUGUGUUCGGUCCAAUGAUCGAUGGCGUGAUGAUCACCAAUGAACCAUUGCCGUUGUUAAAAGAGCAUAAGAACCUUAUGAACAACUACAAGAUCUUGGCCGGUGUGACGGAAUACGAAAGUUAUCAUUUGUUAGAUAGCAUUUCUUUAGUGCAUGGCAUGCUGGAGAAUGAACAGCACAAAGUGCUGUUGGACUACAUGAAAGCCAAAUUCGAGCUCUUUCCGGAACUUACGCUUACCGCUACUCUAGCUCAGUAUUCCGACCGAGAUCGGGCGUGGACUUCAUCCGGAGCUCUGGAAAACCGUGACACCCUGUUGGAGAUCCUCAGCGAUGCCAUGGUAUUGGCACCUCUCGUUCAGCUGGCUGACAUCCAGUCCGAAGUCAACGAAAACACGUACUUUUAUGUGUUUACUCAUCGAAGUACGUUUAGCGAAUAUGACGUGGUGAAAAAGAGUAUAAACGGUGAAGACUUACCGUACGUUUUAGGCGUACCAUUGGGUGGGAACACGAUUCAUCUCAAGACGCAAUACGACCAGAAAGAGAAAAGGUUGUCCGAAACGAUUAUGACUUAUUGGAGCAAUUUCGCUAAGACCGGGGACCCGAACUCCGGGAGGAAAUCGUAUCAGAACGAAUGGAAGACCGCGAACAACGUGCGGUGGCCGAAGUACAACACCGUAAACCGCGCGUACUUGGAACUAAAUCUGACUACUCGGACACGGAUGAACUACAGGACGGGCAAGUGCCGGUUCUGGAACGUGGAACUGCCGCAGCGGAUCGAGGAAAAACGACAGAAGGAUGCGGAACAGUCCAAGCCGCAGCAGCCUGCAACUUAUGACGUGCCACCGUUGCCCGCGCGACCGAAGGAUCCUGAGCCGCCGCCGCCAUGGAUCGAACGCGAACCAAUAUUCAGUCUGCCGACCGCGAUGCCGGACGACUCGAUGCUAAGGCCCGGCGAGUACCCGGACGAACCGAACCCCGGUGAAGAGCCGUCCGCGGAACCGUCGGACAAGCGGGCGCCGCACGAAAGCACCGCGGCCGUCGCGGAGGAGACGGCCACGUCGUCGUCGUCCGCGGUCGUGUCGCUGAUCAUCAUCAUCGGCAUCCUGUUCCUGUUGGUGAACGUGUGUGCGUUUGGUGGCAUCUACUACCAGCGCGACAAGUUACGGGUGCGCGAGCGCUUGUUCAACAACCGGUUCCGGUGUGGCGGCGCCAACACCAGUCACACGUUCGACGACGACAACGACGACGAUGAGCACCAGCGGCACCGCGGCGGUGACGAGCGCGACGUGUACACCAAGACCGGCGGCGAUACGGUGGACGUGAAUAGGUUCAACAAGAGCCAGGCGUACGAUUCGGUGGCCGUGGCCAGCGUCAAGCCUGAGGCGAUCGGCGGCAAGCGGCUGGGCAAGUGGGCGGAGAUAUCGAGGCAGAGGAGCAGCAGCACGUUGACCAUGGACCCGCACACCCGGGUGAAGGAGUGGAUAAACACGGAGAUCAUACAGAGGUACUCACCGAGGAUCCUGCGACGACAGCGCAGGGAGGAGAAGAAAAGGCAAUUGGUGUGCGCUGAGGACCCGCUGACCACGAUGAUGGCCGUAGAGAAAGCCCCCGCUGCGGCGGCGGUCGUGGCCGAUGCGAAAGCCGCCGAGAAGCAGAGAAACAAAGUGUCCGUUGCCAUAGACGCCACGCCGGCGGCCAGAACGAUUAGCGUGUUGAAACAGACACCGAUCGAACUGACCAAGUCCAUGGACGCGAUGGUUGUCUUGGAAAGAUUCGAGUUGAAACCUUCGCUGUCGUUGAGUUCCAUCAACAAGAAAACGCUGACCAGGAGCGACGCGCUCAACGAUUCGGACGAUUUGUUAUCGUCGCAGGACACGUUACACAAGAGUUCCACUAGCAUUCAAUUAAAACCGGCGACAAAGGAAAAAAGACCAGGCAUUAAGGUCACCCACGGUUACUCAAAGUCGGAACCCGCACAAGAUACACCGAAAGAACCGCUUUACAGCCAAGUGUGCAAGCCGUCGAAGACGUUGGUGGCCACAUCGUCGUCGAAGAACACGAGCUUCGAGUCGAGUUCGCACUACGAAGACAUAAACGUCACUUCCAAGGAGUACGCGUCGAACGGCGCGGGCAGCUGUCCGGAGGGCGUGUGCAGGAUCAGGUAUCCGAAAGUGUUGCCGGACUUCCCGGGGGUGCCCACGGAGAGGAGGUUGUCGUUACCGCCGCCGAUGGGUGUCACGGCCGAAGGCGGCGGCGCGGCGAAAAUACCUCCACCGCCGCCACCCCGGAUAUCGUCCACGUUGGGUCGGAAGAGACCGGAUAGGGCGGAGACGAUCGGCCACGGGACGAAGGUGGCGGUGCCGUUCGGCAAGCAGCUCCAACCGGACUCGAUACCCGAGGAACACAGUUCGCUGGUGGUGCCGUGCGUGCCGAACAAGGUGUGUCCUGCCGCCACGUCGCCUGUCAGGAAACCGGUCGAGCCCAGGAUCGUAAUCAGAGCGAACUCGACGCAGCAACAGAAACAACAGCAACAGCACCAUCAGCACCAACAGCAAUCCAAGAGGACAAACAUACCGCGAGUGGUGCACCCACAGAACGCCGGCAGGAGCGACAAGAACGCGGCGGCCGGUACGGAAGUGGGGGACACGAGCACCAUCAAGAGGAGAAAGAAAUGACGGGCCGCGGUCGUCGCGGUAACCGUACGGUUAGUCGUCCGAUCUGAUCACGACGUGUCGUGUACAAAAACAGCAGUUUUUUUUUUCCUAUGAAACUUUUGUACGUCCAUAAUAAUAAUAAUAACUAAAAUAACGAUAUCAACUAUUUAAAAACUGUACCGCGUGCGUGUAUUUUUAUACGUAUCGAGCACGCCGUUCGUAUAACGCAUAGUGAUGGUGUCUGCAUCAUAUUUUUUAUUUUAAAAAACUAUUUUUUUUUCCUAUAGAAAUUGAAACGUCGAGGAACGUUUCUUUUGAAUACGUGCCCUACCUCGAUCAGUUGUUUUAUGUGGCCAUAGAAAAUAGAUAUUAUUACAUUUUCGUUGUA